GCGAGGAGGUGGCCGGCAUGGCGCAGCAGCAGCGGUGGGCCCGGCUGUCUGCCGAGCGGCCCACGAGCGCCGUCUACGUGCUGGGCACGGAGCUCGCCCUCGACGUCUCCGGGUCGGCCCCCGUAGGUGCCACAGCCUUCGAUGUCUGGGGGACAGCAGGAGUCCACCUCUAUAUCGUCCACGAUGGGGAAGCUGUGAAGAUACCUUCCUGCGUGCCCAGGUGGCCCUUAGGCAACAACACAGAGGCAAUAAUAACCAUGGACACCCCAAGCAUCAUAGUCAAUAACGACAAGGUCAGAAUUUCCUACUACAAGGACAACGGGAAGGCGCCGAUGGCCCAAGCUCUGCUCCACCUCACCUGCGUAGAAAUCUCCUUGGAUGCCGAUACAAGCCGGUCAGGAACUGUGAACAGGAAAGCUAAAAACAAGAAAACGUGGACGUGGGGCCCGGAAGGCAGAGGAGCCAUCCUCUUGGUGAACUGCGACAGGGAUUAUGUCGGAGCCAAACAGAUGGACAACCAGGACACGAAAGUGCAGUCGUACGCAGACCUGAAGGACAUGUCUCUCUUGAUUCUGACCACUUUCGGCCCUGAAGACAUUUUUGACAACUACCAGCUGCUGCUUCAUGUUUCAGAAUCUGACCACGACAAAGUGGGUGUCUUUCAUGCCAAGGGGGGAAAGAAAAUGAACCAAUACAAGCACGUUCUGGGGUCAGGAAAGGUCUCUUACGCAGUGCAACGUGAUGGCUUCCAAGAACAUCAUUUCUACGUGGAAGGGCUGGCCUUUCCGGACGUCAGCUUCUCGGGACUGGUGACCUUCCACACCACACUGCUGGAGCCCCCCUGUAAGGACCUGCCUGAAGUCCCCAUUUUCAAUGACUCUGUGGUUUUCCGGAUGGCUCCAUGGAUAAUGACCCCCUGUACAUUGCAGCCGAUAACCGUUUAUAUCUGCAGUGAUAGAUCCAAUGCUGACUUUGUGGCGGCUGUGAGCAAGCUCGUGAUGAAGGCCGGCUGCAAACUGAUCAUCUGCCCGGAACUGGAAAAUCGUGGGGACCGCUGGAUUCAGGAUGAGAUGGAGAUUGGCUACGUGCAAGCUCCCCACAAAGGGUUCCCCGUGGUCUUUGACUCCCCUCGAAACGGACAGCUGAAGAACUUCCCGUUUAAAGAUGUGUUGGGCCCAGAUUUUGGUUACGUGAAGCGAGAGCCAGCUUCUGCAAAGACCGUCUCCAGCUUGGACUCCUUUGGAAACCUCGAGGUCAGCCCUCCAGUGACCGCCCGGGGCAAGCAGUUCCCCCUGGGGAGAAUCCUCAUCGGGAGCUCUUUCCCUAGCUUCAGUGGGAAAAACAUGGCCAGGGUCGUCCAGGACUUCCUCUUUGCCCAGAAAGUUCAGCCGCCCGUGGAACUCUACUCGGAUUGGCUCGUUGUGGGUCAUGUGGAUGAGUUCCUGACCUUUGUUCCAGCUCGUGAUAGGAAGGGCUUCCGGCUGCUCCUGGCCAGCCCCAGCGCCUGCUACAAACUGCUGAAGGAGAAGGAACAGGAGGGUCACGGAGACGCUCUCAUGUUUGAAGGAGUGAAAAAAAACAAAGAAAUUUCAAUAAAAAGGAUUCUUUCUGAUCAAACUUUGAGGAACUGCAAUGAAUAUUUCCAGAAAUGCAUCGACUGGAACAGAGACAUCCUCAAAGAGGAGCUGGGACUGGCGGAGGAAGACAUCAUCGACAUCCCCCAGCUCUUCAGGCGUGUUGGUGCUGCUGGCAAAGCGGUCGCUUACUUCCCUGACCUGGUGAACAUGCUUGUUCUGGGGAAAUACCUGGGCAUCCCCAAACCAUUUGGACCCAUUAUUAAUGAACUGUGCUGCCUGGAAGAGGAGGUCCGUCGCCUGUUGGAGCCGCUGGGCCUGUCCUGCACCUUCAUAGAUGAUUUUGAGCCCUAUCACGAAAAACUGGGCGAAAUCCACUGUGGCACCAACGUCCGCCGGAAGCCUUUCUCCUUCAAGUGGUGGAAUGUCAUCCCAUGAGGGCUUUUCUGCCUGUUCCUUGCACUCUGAGCAGGAGAUGCCGAAAUAGCUGCCGUGUAGCUUGCUCCUCUCUGGCGCUUAAUGCAUAAUCAGGAGCUUUCUUAGAGGCCCCGUGGGUUCUCCCACCACUAGUACAUGAAGGUUGUAAAUCAGGUCCUCUUUUGCCUUGAAGGGCCGCACUGAACCAAGGAGAAACACAGACUCAGCCCUUUUAACUCACACGGAUGAAACAGUUAUUGAGGCACGACUGCCAUUGAAUGAAUAAAGGAACAGGGGCAACAAACAUUCCAAGUAAAAUACGAUAGGUGCUUAAGAAGAGUAGCAAGCUGUUACGUCACCAUCCAGAUCAGCUCUUUCCCUGUAGCAUUCUGACUUCCUCAUCACUUCCGGCCCACCUGCUUAAAAACGGAAGCAUUUUACGUUCCAAGGGAAGUGCAGAGAACUGCUUAAGCAGAACCAGCAGAGCAAGAAUGAGGCGGGGAGGAAAGGAACGUACGCCAUGCCAUGCCGUUUCCCUCCAUAAAUAAAUGUUACUAGUUUUUAAGGUGCCACUGGAUUUCUGUGUUGCUGCAAUCAACCCACAGGGCUACCCUUCUGAAGUUUUCCCUUAUGCCUCAUUGUACUUCAGCAAGGGCAAUAGGGUUUCCUUUUAAUUGAGUUCAGUUAAACUACUGUGUUACUGGCACAGUCUGCCCCAGUGGGGGAAAAACAAGGCCCAGAUUUACGAAGAUAUUUGAAAGAACUUCUUACCUGGCCAGUUUAAAGGGCGGCUCUAGCCUUCUUUCACAUUCCCUUGUCCACUAACUAGGGAUGUUGACAAACACAUUUCAUGUCCUGGUCAGUUUUCUCAGACUUGACAGUCUCUGUUAUGUGGGUAUCCUCUAGCAGCUGCGUUCGCUCUUUGUUCUGCAGUCAAGGCCAGUUGGGCAGACCAGACGGAGAUCCCAGGUGCUGGGAACCUGCACCCCAGCUCAAUCCAGAGUAGACUGAAUGACCAAUCCCUAAAACCACAGAGACUGCGAUUGUGACUGGUGCUACUGGGCUGGACAGCUCAGCCCUUGGAAGCCUUCUUGGCCACAGAGAGAGGAAGGGCCGGCACUCAGGACCCUUUGCUUGUAGCCCUUGUUGCACUAGCCUCCAAACACCCAGAUCAAGAGUUGAAGCCGUGACCAGAAGGAGCCAGGCGGGAAUCCAGGCACAGAUGGGAGGUGCAGUUGGUGCUCUCCUCCCACCCCUACAAUGUGUGGCACAAGAUAUCUAGGCACCACUGAGUGACAAGGGUGAAAAGUGUACAUUUCUUUUUAGAAACUCAGGUAAUUUUGAAUUCUGUACCCCUGCUGAUCUUUAAAAUACACACAUUUCCCUGCCUCAAUUGUUUUUAC